UACAUACACAUUAUAUUCCGCCCGUUUUGUCCUUACGGUGGCAAAAGUGUGUUAAUCUAAACAAUUUUGCUUAAACAAUAAUAAUAAUAAUAAUUUCUGCAUCGUAUUGCAAGCAUGAGGCGACUAUAAUGGAAAGAACGACCAGUUAACCACUGGUCGUAUACAUAUACGUAUUCGGUUUUAUAGUGCAUAAACUUUUUACAAUGAACCCAAUUAUUAUUUUUAGUGCGUCGAAAGUUCCCGGUGUAGUUUGAGUUAUUUUUUAUUAUUGAGAAACUGAGAAAAUUUGCUCCGAAUUAUAUCGAGGACGCGCCAUAAAAGAAGAAUAAGAUGUGGGCGGAUAUUAUGUUAUGUCUACAUGCACGAUGCAACAAAAAACCUGGAAAAACCUAGAAGUCCAUUGAAAUCAUAAUCAUGGGUGCCAACUACUCAGAAUCCAGAAAUUUAACCGACGAGCAGCUGAUGCUGAUUGAACAGUACAUCGUUCCACAAACCUGGGGCUGGGUCAGCGUCUUCUUCCACGUCAUAGUGUUCAUCGUGGGCUUAUUUGGGAAUAUUUUGGUGUGCGUGGCCGUUUACAGGAACCACAGCAUGCGAACGGUCACGAAUUAUUUUAUUGUGAACUUGGCGGUGGCGGACGCUCUAGUGAUUCUGUUUUGUUUACCGUUUUCUGUCGUGUGGGAUGUUACGAGCACUUGGUGGUUCGGCACUGCCAUGUGCAAAUUCGUACUUAAUAUACAGAACGUAUCAGUCACUGUAUCAAUACUCACGUUGACGUUCAUAUCAAUUGACAGAUGGUAUGCCAUUUGUCAUCCGAUAGCGUUUAGAUCCACCACAGGAAAAGCAAAAACCGCCAUCUGUAUUAUAUGGAUCGUAUCAUUUAUUUGUGAAAUCCCAGAAACGAUUUAUUUAGUGGCAGAACCCUAUCCGGAUUUUGACGUUUACUUCACCCAAUGCAAACCGACAUGGGGCGACCGAAGCGAUACCUAUUUCAUGGUGUGUAAAAUGGUGAUUUUUUAUUUUUUACCAUUGAUACUCAUGUGCAUCGCUUAUUAUAAAAUCAUUAAAAUACUGUGGAGGUCCGAUCGUGGCGGAUCAUCGAAUCAAGAUGAGUCUUGUGGGACAGGAAAUAAUCCGUUUUCAAUGAACAUGAACGCGACCACCGAGGGUCAGUUGAGAUCUCGUCGGAAAGCUGCCAAAAUGUUGGUGGCGGUUGUAGUUAUGUUCGCUUUCUGCUUUUUACCCGUUCAUUUACUUUCAAUUUUAAGGUUAACCGUAGGUUUAAGUAACAGCGUGGCGAACAGAUCCAUAUCUAUGAUGUCGCACUGGCUGUGCUACGCGAACAGCGCGGUCAAUCCGAUCAUCUACAAUUUUAUGAGUGGAAAAUUUCGUCAAGAAUUUAAAUCGGCCUUCUUCCAGUGCAGACAAGUGAAUAGCACAGAAAGGGGCGGUUUCACCAGAACGAGUACUUACAUUUAUCGCUACACCACCACCAACAAUCGACUCAGUGUCAAAUCCAAAAAUGAAACUCUACCUUUGGCUAAUGUUAAAUAAACAUUCUCGAUUGAUCUCUCAAUAGAUUGAGCUAUACAUAUUAUUGUACUAUAACAAAUACACUUAGUUAAUUACAAAUUAAAUGUUUAGAUACGUAUUUACUAUUGGGUAUUUAAAAAUUAAUUAAAACUUUAUAGGUACCCACUAUUUUCAAUAAAUUUCAGUGCAAACGUCUUUUGUACACUUUUACUCCUAAUUUACAUAAAAUAAUUCGUUUCAUUUUUAAUAUUAUUGUAACACAAAAAAAACCAUUUAAAUAUGUAUGUUGUUGAUA